AUGCUCCGCCGCACCCCUUGGUGGCUCAUGAUGCAGCUGCACGCGUCGCCGACGCCGAACCCAUUGUGCUACACGUUCCGCAUCCCAUCGGCGACGUAUGACAACUUCAUCCCUGACGGCCAGACGUGUGAGGUGGCGCACCGGGGGCUGGCCUGGGUGCACCCGCUCAGCAACGGGCUCUUCGAGCAGUACGCGGAGGAGGUUUCAAGCGUCUUCAUCGCGCCGCGGCAUGUCGCCAUCACGGUGUACCAGCACGUGGAGUGGGAUACGGUGGAGCACAGCCUCAGCUCGUUCAUCGGGCACUAUUUGGUGUUUACCAACGCGUGCAUCUCCGCAGCGAAGGAGUACGCCCUUCUCGAGGACGACCUCAACAUUCGUCCGGAGGACUCGGAGGUGCUGCAGUGCAUCAAGGAGCUUCUGCGCGAGCACGUGCGGCCCAUGGUGCAGCGCGACGGCGGCGACGUGAAGUUGCUGAAUUACAACGAGAAGACAGGUAUCGUAUCGCUCGCAAUGCUUGGCGCCUGCCGUACGUGCCCAUCGUCGCAAAACACGCUGAAGGAUGGCAUUGAGCGUGUGAUAAAGCACUUCCUGCCGGAGGUCAAUGAGGUGUUGGAGGCGAAGGGGCACGCGUUCUACGAGCGGUAUGAGCUCCUCUUUAACUCGGAGACAGCGCUGCGACGCGAGGCGGCACGCGUGGACGCUGUGCGCCGCAGGAACAUGACAACGCGACUGACGCCGUCGGUGAUGUCGUUUGACGCCCUGCACGAGCCUGACGGCGAUGAGUGA